GAUAAUUCGAAAAAACAAGGGUUGUCCUCCUCAUACAUACAUACAUACAUACGUACAACCAAAAAUAAACGGGUUCUUUCCUGAAUGAAUUCGAAAAAACCGAUUCUAAAAAGUGAUUACUGUAUUCUAUAAUCACCCUCUUCCCCUAUACACAUACCCCUAAUCUCUUCCCUUAAUUAUUCUUCUCUCUCACCGGAACUUCUCCGACGACCAAUCUUCCACCGCCAUUCUUUCCGGCGAUCCCUCUCCGAUGAUUCCUCACUAUAUUCCCUAGCUUUCUCAAUCUCCCAAUCACUCUCUAUCACCAUUCUUCUUAACUUUCUUCUCCAUCUUCAUUUUCUUCUCAUUCUUUUCCUGUUGCUUAAUUUUCUCUCUCAGAUCCGUUUACAUUCGAUUUGAAAAUUGGAAGAGAACAAUUUGUUUAUGGAUUAGCGACAUCCGAUGAAUCGCUUUUCCCCAUGCAUAAAUUACUCGCUGCUUAAACAAUUAAUCAGUUCUUCUUCUGAAUCAGAUUCUAGGGUUAGGGUUUCUUAACGUUUUGAUAAAAUGUUUAAGAAAAUUAUGAAAGGAGGGUCCAAAAAGCCCUCCAAAUCGGAUGCCAGUGAUCCUCCUCCGUCCGGGAACAACGCGCCGGUUGUUGUUAACCAUGCCUCACGUGGCGGUGCUGGAGGAACUUCUGGUGCUAAUUCCGCUACCGUGAUGCCUAUGACUUUAGCGUCCGGUACAAUGGAACCGGUUCCUUCGUUCAAAGACGUGCCGGUUUCCGAGAGGCAAAAUCUCUUCCUUAGAAAGCUUCAUAUAUGCUGUUUCUCGCUUGAUUUCACGGAUACGUUGAAGAAUGUCAGGGAGAAAGAGAUCAAGAGACAAGCUUUGAUGGAGCUAGUGGAGUUUAUCCAAUCAGGUUCCGGUAAGAUGUCGGAGGAUUGUCAGGAACAGAUGAUUAAAAUGAUAUCCAUCAAUGUUUUCCGGUGCUUGCCUCCGGCUUCUCAUGAGAACACCGGGUCAGAGCCUACUGAUCCUGAAGAGGAGGAGCCUAGCUUGGAGCCAGCUUGGCCUCACUUACAGCUUGUUUAUGAGCUUCUUCUCAGAUAUGUGGUUUCUUCUGAUACUGAUACAAAGGUUGCAAAACGGUACAUUGAUCAUUCCUUUGUGUUAAAGUUGCUUGAUUUAUUUGAUUCUGAAGACCCGCGUGAGCGUGAGUAUUUGAAAACCAUUCUGCAUCGUAUAUAUGGAAAAUUCAUGGUUCAUAGACCAUUUAUUAGAAAAGCAAUUAACAACAUUUUUUAUCGGUUUAUAUAUGAAACUGAAAGACACUGUGGUAUUGGUGAGCUUUUGGAGAUUCUUGGUAGUAUUAUUAAUGGGUUUGCUUUGCCCAUGAAAGAGGAGCAUAAGUUGUUUCUUGUUAGGGCCCUUUUACCUCUGCAUAAACCGAAAUCGGUUUCUAUGUACCACCAGCAAUUGUCUUACUGCAUAACUCAGUUUGUGGAGAAGGAUUUCAAGCUGGCUGAUACUGUCAUUAGGGGAUUGUUGAAGUAUUGGCCUGUCACCAAUUGCCAGAAAGAAGUUCUCUACCUUGGAGAACUUGAGGAAGUGUUGGAGGCUACACAAGCUGCUGAAUUCCAACGCUGCAUGGUUCAACUUUUCAAACAGAUUUCCCGCUGCCUCAAUAGUCCUCACUUUCAGGUUGCAGAGCGAGCCCUCUUUUUGUGGAAUAAUGAGCAUAUAGUAAGCUUAAUUGCUCAAAACAGGACUGUGAUAUUACCGAUAAUAUUUGAAGCAUUUGAGAGAAAUAUUGAGAGUCACUGGAACCAGGCAGUUCAUGGGCUGACUGUGAAUGUUCGCAAAAUGUUUAUUGAAAUGGAUGCAGAAUUAUUUGAAGAGUGCCAGAGGAAUUAUGCAGAGAAGCUGGCAAAAGCCGAAGAAGAGGCAGAACGGCGGGAAUUGAACUGGAAGAGGCUUGCAGAAGCGGCUGCACAGAACGGGGCGGCGGAUAUGGUCACAGAUUAGUCUUGCUAGUUUUAUUGCCUUGGCUCUGGAAGUGUGAAUUAAAAAUAGGUAGAGGAUGAUGAAUAUGGUCCUCUUUUUCAUUUUGGUGCCAUUAUUUAUUGGUUUUUUUUUUUCAGCCUAAUUCUUUUCUCCUCUUCCAUCUCCUUAUUAUAUCAGUUGGAUGAUUAGCAUUCUGAAGAAAGCAGUGAUUAAUGUAACUUAUUAAAGUUGUUAGCAAUGUCUGGUGAUUAAGAAAUAUUCUGUGAAAUACUUUCUUGUAUUUAUCCCUUUUAGCAAAGAUAAAUACUGAAGAUUUCUUUUGCUU